GAGCUGGCAGCAAUCAGAUAUAAUGACACGUUUACUGGGCAACCCCAUCAUUGUGCUAUAUUCCUCAAUUUUACUGAUAGCAUCCAUACCCUCAAUAAUGUUGCCAAAGACGACAUGCCUGUUAUCAAGCCAGGGAAUUUUCUCAAAGAAUAUAAAAAAACUGAGAGUCAUUGGUAUCUGGGCCAGCAUUUGCCAUAGACACAGUGCCUGGCUCAUUGUGCUUGAGAAUAAAGGUUUUAUCUACAAAUGAUGUGCUGAAAAUUGAUUUGCCAUCAGUACUAUCCCCAUUUGUAAAGUCACCACCCUGUGCCAUAAAGGUGGGAAUUAUGCAAUGGAAUGGGCUACCUGUGUAGCCAAAACCCUCACUGCCAGUACACAGCUUGAGAAAGUUUUUGGUGGUCUUGGGAACAACGUCAGUGCGCAGCAGAAUGUUUGUGACAUCAAUUAUUGCGAUGUCACGUGACAAUUGCAAUUGGGAAUUUGCGAUUGUUUGAAAUUGUGAUUGUUUACGAUCGCGAUUUCUAUUUUCACGGGCGAUAGUUUCGAAUAGAUAAGCGGAGCUCUUUAAGCUCCCUUAUAGUGGAUUUUUAAUAAAAAUUAGUUAGUACGAAUAAGUUUUAUUACAAUGUUGAUAUUUCCAGUUGACUGCCGGUCAGUAGUAAUUCUA